AUGGACGGGCUGAACGUAGUUGGGCCUGACUUAAUUGGGCCUGAUGUUGAAUCAGAAGGAAAACGUGGAUCUAAAGAAGCUGGUCGGCGAGACGAUGGGCUGGGUUCUUUUGGGCCGCGAAAUGAAACUGUAAUUGGAAGAUGUGGGUCUUCGGUGUGUGGGCAGAAGCUGGAUGAUAUUUCAAGUGGGUCGCGAAUUGAAUUUGGUGAUUUUUUUAAUUCUGGAGAGGAUGAGCCGAGCAACGUUUCGUCUGGUUGCGUUUUGAAUAAUCAGAAUGCAAAUGUCUCUAAUGUUGUUCAGAAUGGAAUUAAUAAGCAGCUUAUUGACUCUAAAUCCACAUGGGCUUCGCUAUUUGGGACCUCUUCUGAAGAAUCCCUGCUCUAUACUCUGCCCAAAAUUAUUGGGGAUAAAAUUGUAGUCACUCCACCUGAAGAGGUUAUCGAUCAAGGAAUUAAAGUGUGGGAAAAUUCUUUGGUAGGUCAGCUGAUUGAUUCCAAGCUACCUUAUACCGUUAUUCAGCAUUUGGUUGAGAAAAUUUGGGGGAAGAUUGAAAUGCCCAUUAUCACUAUUUUGGAAAACGAUCUCAUUUGCUUUCAAUUUAGACGGUCAAAAUCAGUGGAGUGGAUUCUUUCGCGUGGACCAUGGCAUCUCGAUGACAAGUCUAUGCUCCUCAGAAAAUGGACUCCAGGUAUUGUUCCUGAAUUCUUUGUGUUUAAUUCAGUUCCGGUUUGGAUUAGAUUGGGGAAAUUACCUAUGGAGUUAUGGACAGAAGCUGGGUUGGCUGUUGUAGCGAGUGCUGUGGGGAAACCUAUAUCUUUAGACUUGGCCACUAAGGAGCGUCGUAGGCUCUCAUAUGCUCGUGUUUGUGUUGAAUUAGAGGCAGGGUCAAAUAUGCCUGCUGAAAUUACUGUUAGUCUCAGAGGAGUAGAUUUUAAUGUUUCGGUUAAUUAUGAGUGGAAACCACGGAAGUGUAAUUUGUGUUGUGCCUUUGGGCAUUCUGGUAGUAAUUGUUCUAGAAGUGUGGAGAGUAAAACCAUUCAGGAGGAGGUUGUGCACAAGGGGGAUGAUGUAGACAGUGAACCUUGUGGGGAAGUUGUUCUUGAAUCGUUCAAACAGUUAGAGGAAGGUGAAAUUAGGAACUCUCCUAAUAGACAUAACAGCCAAGUGGAGAAGGGGGUGGGUAAAAGUGAUGAAUUUACCCUUGUAACUCGCAGGAAGAGUGAGUUGGUCUCUGUUAGAGAUCGUGGAAAGAGUAUGGAGGUUGAUGAAGGUACUGAUAUUCUUAAUGGUGUUAGUUCUUCUAUUGGUCCUAAAGGAUUACCUACACUUAAUAAUUCUCAUGAUUAUUACAGUAAUAGUGGUGUUGGUCGGAUUUGGGUGAUGUGGAAGAAGAAUCGUUUUUCUUUCUCUACUAAUGUGAUGGAUGAGCAGUUUAUUACAGUUGAGAUUACUUCUGCUUGGUCGAGCCCAGGGGUUGUCAUGGGAGAUUUUAAUGCUAUUAGAGUUUAUUCUGAAGCAUUUGGGGGAUCUCCUAUUCAGGGUGAGAUGGAGGAUUUUGAUCUGGCUAUUCGCGAUGUUGAUUUAGUGGAGCCUUUGGUGCAGGGGAACUGCUUUCAGCUAAAUAGCAAAGUGGUGUCUUUUCGGUUCUUCAAUCAUUGGGUGGAGGAUCCAUCCUUUAUUGAGGUGGUUGCUAGGAGGUGGAGUCGUCAUGAGGGUGUCUCUCCGCUAGUGAGCCUCAUGAAAAACCUUCAUCAUCUCAAACCUAUUCUCCGUGGACGGUUUGGUAGACACAUCAAGAGUCUUAAUGAGAAGGUGCGCAUUGCUAAGUUGGCCAUGGAUAUAGCUCAGAGAAAGGUAGAACGUAACCCAAUGUCGGAUGUUUUGAGUCGCCAAGCAAGUCUUGCUACUGAGACUUUCUGGACAGCAGUUAGAUUGGAGGAAGCCUCGCUUCGGCAGAAAUCCAGAAUUCGAUGGUUAAAGCUGGGUGAUCAGAAUACGGCUUUUUUCCAUCGUUUCGUUUACUCUCGUAUGAGUCGUAAUUCACUACUUUCUCUAGUUGAUUCUGAUGGUGAUGGAUCCAGGGUGUCUUCACAUGAUGGGGUGGUUCAUAUGGCAGUUAAUUAUUUUAGUAACAGUUUGGGGUCCCAGGAGAUUAGCUAUAGAGAAUUGACCCCAGUUAUUGAUGAGAUUGUUUAG